CUCGGCCGUUCCUCGUAUGGACGGCGGGGUUGCGUCGGGUCGGAUCAAGCUCGGAUUGGCCUUCAUCACUUCGAAAUUCCUGAAACUCCUUUCUCGAAUGGUUGGUGUAGGAACAUUUUGAUAAUUCAAUUCGUAUCCGUACCAGCAACAUCUUAUCAGCCCGGUUGAUUCUCAUCUUUUUCUCCGCAAUCUUUUCCUUUGGUUCGUCUUAUCUGAUGAGUUAGAUAUGUCCGUCUCAAUGGCUGUAGAUGGGUCGGGCUUGGCCAGAUAGAACCAUAUCCAGUUGCUCGAUCCACCAUGGGGUCCCGAUCGGACAUAGCACAGCAACGGCGUGCGGGACCAACUACGGAAUGGUUACCUAGUCAUAAUGUUGGAAACAUCAUUGCGUAGCUUCUUAAAAGGUCCGGUUCCUACUGUUUCUUGUGUCUUGGGUCGAGAAAAAGAAUUUCAUCAACCUCAGAGUCACAAUGGACGGCCAUGCAUUGGACAGAGUUGGCACAAACAAUCCAGCUUUGACUGCGCCUAGCCAACUCCUGUCUGGCACUCAUGCUCAAGACAAUCAAGAUGAACCCCUAUCACAAUUCGGCUUCGAACAGAAACAAUUACGCCCUACAUGGAGGAACUGGCGAAACGUCGUACGCAAUUUCUCACCUUCUUGGUUCUCGGUUACAAUGGGUACUGGAAUCACUUCCUUAAUCUUCAUUAUUCUCCCUUUCAAAUCAGAUUGUCUCUAUUGGCUCUCGGUCGCCUUCUUUGCACUAAACACUAUCCUGUUCUUUGCUGCGCUGUUUAUAUCAAUCCUUCGCUAUGUUCUCUAUCCGGAGGUAUGGGGAGCCAUGAUUGCGGACAGCACCAAUUCCCUUUUCCUAGGCACCAUCCCCAUCGGAUUUUCGACCUUGGUGGAAUCUUGGAUAUUUCUUUGUGCCCCCUACAUGGGAUACUGGGCGGUAACGUUUGCCUGGGUGUGCUGGAUCAUCAAUUGCGUUGUUGCACUGGCUGUGACAAUAUCUCUCACGAUCCUCCUCAUCUCCGCAACCCACCAGCAGGCCCUUCAUCGCAUAACAGCCGCCCAGCUUCUCCCGAUAUCUGCCACCAUGGUCGCCGCCGCUACUGGAGCCGAGAUCGCAAAGUUCAUACAAGACCCUCAAGUUGCGCUUGGGACGUUGCUCGCGUCGUAUGUAAUGUGGGGCAUGGCAAUGCCAUUGUCCAUGACAGUCCUCGUCAUGUACUAUACUCGACUUGCCCUACACAAGCUGCCGCCUAGGGAAGUUGUAGUAUCGUCCUUCCUACCCCUCAGCCCACUGGGAAUGGGUGGUUACACCAUCUUAUACCUGGGCACUGUAUCCCGCGACGUCUUCCCCAGAACGCAAUUCUUUCAAGGCCUCCCCGUGGCUGGCGAGAUCUUCUUCAUCCUCGGUGCGUUCAUCGCACUGACUAUGUGGGGGUUCGGCCUCAUUUGGCUCUGUUUUGCUCUGGCUUCGAUCUACAAGUCUCGUCCUUUCCCGUUUAAUAUGGGAUGGUGGGGUUUUACAUUUCCGCUUGGAGCUUUUGCGAUCAGCACUAUUGAAUUGGGGACGCAGAUGCCGAGUCUAUUCUUCAGGAUACUGGGAACAAUAUUUGGGAUGGCGGUCGUAUUAUUGUGGUUUGUCGUCACGGUUGGCACUGUGAGGGGUGCGGUUGAUGGGUCGUUGUUCAUGGCCUCGUGCGUAAUGCAUGCAUCUAAGAAAACAAAAGACGAAGAAGAAGCAGGAGAAGAGGAAGAAGAAGUAAUAGAAGAAGGGGAAGUAGGGAAGUGUUGAUAUGAUACCCAUAGAUUAUGACAAAGUUCAAAAGUUUAGAUCACAUACUAUAAUAUUAUAAAUGUUUUCAA